UGUAUCGUUGGGUCGCGUCAGUCGAACGUCCGGACUCAGUGUGGCCACACGCUUGUUUACUGUGGACACGUCCUGUCACGCGGUCACCACGUGGACCUCGCACGUGACAUACUAACUUUAUUUAAAAAAAAAUUGAACGCAUAUCCGAGCUUCGUGUUGAGAAUUUUCCAUCUGUCACAAUUUUGGCGGGAAAAUUUCGUACUGUCAAAGUGAAAGUAGUGAAGUUGAGUAGAGUCAUGCGAACGAUUGUGUUAGUUUUUGUUUCGUAGUUUUUGAGUAAUGAACGAGAUGUGUGGUGUUUGGUACCUCGUCCUCGGCUUCCUGGCGCUCCCGGGCCCUUCCUGCAGCAACUCAGAUAAUUUAGCACUUCUAUUGGACACUCUCAAGAUAAUACAGCGGGCGGUUUGCAACGACGAGACGGUAGCCCUAGCUUGUCCCAGGGGUACCACCAUCAGCAUACAAGUAGCUCAGUAUGGAAAGGCUGGAGAGGAACGAGGAUGUCCAGCUUUGAGCACUGAUUUGGCUGAAGAGAACAAAAAUUGUAAGAGGCCAAAUGCCAUGCAGUACUCAUUACUGCAGACGGUGGUGGAAGCUUGCCAGAAGAAACCGCAAUGCAAGUUCAGUACGCUACCGAUGGCCGGCCUGGUGGACCCCUGUCCUACGCAGAGCAAGUACGUUGAGGUCGCGUACAAGUGCCGUCCAUAUGAGUUUCGAAGUAGAACCGGCUGUGAAGGUGAGAUGAUCAAGUUGAGCUGCAACCCUCACUCCAGGAUCGCGAUCUUCGACGCUCAGUAUGGCAGGACAGCUUUUGAAGCAAUCACAUGCCCUCAGACGCAGGGAGUGCCGGAUGAAAUUUUGUCUGCAGCAUGCGUGACUCCCCAUGCAGUGAAGACAGUGAUCCAGCUCUGCCUCGGGAGACGCCGGUGUCAGAUACCCGCCAACAACAAAACGUUCAACUCAUCCUGCAAUUAUCUAUCGAGGCCAUAUUUGAAGGUCGUUUAUGCUUGUGUACCACUGGGUGUCCUAUCAGAGAAAUAUGAAAGUGCAAGUGAAGGGGACGAACAAACUACACAUUUUGACCAUACCAAAGCACUUUUUGAUGAAACAGAAGAAGCUGGUGAGAAAUGGGGGGAGCCGAAUGCGGAUCGAGCUCUGCAACCAUCCAUCGGUGAUUAUAAUGUUCCUACAACAGGUCUAGAAGAGGAAAUAACAACAACACAAAAACCAAAAAAGACCGCUGACAAUGCAGAGCCACCACGCAGUAAUUCGAUAUUGGUGCUAUCCGUUAGCAUAGGACUGCUAUUUAUCAUUAUCAUAAUUGGGGCGUUCAUUACUAUUCGGUGUUACAUUAAUCGCAGGACGAACCUUUCUAAAAACGGAGAUAUGUACACGACUGAAGCCCCAAACGUUUUCAACGAUGCAUUUUCCGAUAUUGACAAUGACGCAGAUAUUAGCCACAUAUCUGGGACAUUCCACGAUCCAAUGCACCCCGACAUGAUUUUGUAUAAAAAUGUCCCCGGCACCAGAGGUACUCUGCGAGCUAUGAAGCCGUUAUGUACAAUUUAUCCUUCUACAGCAGAAGCAAAUAUGUACGGAAACGUAGACUAUGUGCCUUCACACGCAACUGCACCUAGGUUUACUAGGAGUAGAAGUAAUGAAGAGGAGGUGGAACCUAACGUAAUGACGAGCCCAAGAAGUUUAGGAGCGCAUUCCACGAACUACUACUAUGGCUGACAACACGACGACGGAGGCAGAUACGAUGCCUCUCGGACAUAUUGCUUUUAGUGUAACAUCUAAGUGCACAAUGGAACAGAAUGCUUAUAAAGCGAAAGGAUUGUGUAAAAAUAAAGGUUAACAAUAUUUGGAACUGUUAAAGACUAAAGGGUUUGUUUAUAACAUUUUAAUUGUUACAUUAUAUUAGUUUAAGGAUCUUAUAAUUGUUCUGUAAGUUCUCUUGUUCAUUAUUCAAUCUGUCACGCUCAUUAGAGAUGCACCUAUGUAUCUACUUUUGCAUAUCGUCAAUUCAGCACUUUUGUAUUUCAAACUAUUACUACAAUCCCAUCUGUGAUGGUUAAUUAAAUUAUCCUCUACAAGUCUAAAUAUAGAGAAUAUUAUUUGUAAAGAAA